AUGAAAUUGGUUGAUAUUUUAUUCGUAUUGAGUGCGGCAGCAACCGCUAAUGCAAUACUUCCUCCAGCUGAUAAAUAUGGUUCACCCCAAGCAUCAGGCACUUUCAGUCAAGUAUCUGAUCCAACCAAUGAACCUAAUCCAGGCACUUCCGACGACUGGCAAGAAGUAAUGGAUGCAAUUAAUUCAAGCAUUUUUGACGAAAACUGGCAAAGCAUAUUUGAUUCGAUUGAUUCAAGCACUUCUGAUCAAGACUGGCAACAACCAAUUGAUGAAUUCAAUUUAAAUAUUCCCAACCAAGACCAGCAUCAACCAAUGGGUCAACCCAGUCCAAGCACUCCCAAACGAAGUCAAAAACGGCCAAUCGAUGAACACGGUUCAAGCAUUUCCAAACAAAGUCGGAAACAAUCAACUGAUGAACACAAUACAGGAAUUCCCGACAAAAACCAGCAAUACUCAACAAAUAAAGUCGAUUCAAACACUUUUAAUGAAUACCAGGAACAAAUGGAUACAUCUGAUCCAAGCACUUCCAGCCAAGACCAACAACAUUCAAUGGAUCAAUCCGAUUUAAACACUUCUGAUAAAUAUUGGAAAUUCAUAAUGAAUGAAAUCAGUGUAAGCACUUCUGAAGACUGGCAAGAAAUAAUCGAUGCAGUCAAUUCAAUCAAUUCAAACCAGGAUCAGCAACUCCCAAUGGAUCAACCCAGUCCAAGCACUUCCAAUCAAGACCAGCAACAAUCAAUGGGUCAACCCAGUCCAAGCACUCCCAAACGAAGUCGAAAACAACCAACUGAUCGGUCUAGUACAAGUACUUCCAGACAAGACCAACAACAACCAAUGGGACAAGGCGAGUCUACCAAUACUGUUUCAAAUCAAAUAGCUGUAUUAAGCCAAAGAUAUCAAAAAACCUUUGAUCGUAUAAAGCAAAAUCUUGUAGAGUCUAAAGAAAUACAAAAGAAAAAACUCAAAGAAUGUUCUGAAUAUGAAUUCCUUGGAUACAAGCAACGGUCAGCGCUAUUAAGAGGGGAAAAGAUAUCUGGAAAAAAGCACGAUCCAAGAAUUGAAAUAAAAUUGAAACAAGAGUGUAGAGAUACAGCUACAAGAGUAUACGAUGCCAGACGAAACUUGAAAAAGUUUAUGAAAAGGCAGGGUUUGAAAUUGGAAGAACUGGGUUUGGAUUUGGAUUGA